AUGGUUAGUGGUGUCUCACGUAAGAGACCAACAGCAUCCAACAGAAGACGUGGUAGGCAAACAGAACCUGAACCAGUGGAAGUGAAUGCCCCUGUGGAGGAGGAUGACCAUGUGGAUGCGAAUAAUGAUAAUGUUGACGACGAUAUUGGUCUGGAGGAUGACGAUGUCAAUAAUGAUAUUGGUGUAGAGGCCGACCUCAUUGAGGACGAUGUUGGUGUGGAUAAUGACAACACGGAACCAGUUCCGGGUGCUCCAGAGGAUCCUUCAUUACUAAUUAGCUUCCGUAACCAUGUUGCUGCCGCUGUUUGGAAGAAAAAGGAACGGGGACCUCUUAAAUGUUUGAAUCGUUCUCGAAAGCUUGCCGAGUGGCCGUCACAAACAGUCCAAAAUGUUAGGUGGAGACAUUUGGUUGAGCAGUCUGGUCUUAGUGUCCUUAUUGAUCACACAUAUCGGCAUGGCAAUAGAGUGGCAAUAUCUACUUUUGUUGAAAGUUUGGGAGUGCCAGUGAAUGAUGCAUUUGCAGAAUUAGUUCAAUCUCGUGGGCAAUCCGUGAAGCUAGAGUGGUUGCGAAUUAGAUUUCAUGAAGUUAACGAUACAGAUGAUGCAAAUUUCAUAGAAUACGUAGCGAGAGCUUACUUGCUAUAUUUAUUAGGUUGUACCCUCUUCGCUGACAAGAGUGGGACUCGAGUACCUGUUGCUUACCUGCACAUGUUGACUGACAUUGAUGCUGUUAGCUCAUAUGCAUGGGGUGCUGCAGCUUUAGCAUUCCAGUAUAGACAAUUAGGACUUGCUAGUAGGGCUGGUGUUAAGCAGAUUGCUGGUUACUUGAAGCUAUUGGAAGCAUGGAUUUAUGAGCAUUUUCGUUUAGGAAGGCCUCAUCCAAAUUUGUCCUAUUCUGAUGAACAACCUCGUGUAUGUCGUUGGAGUUCGCGGAGAGAUGGAGGUUUUACAGAAGACCACUCGCAGACAUUACGAGAGCAACUUGACAUGUUACAUGCUAAUGAAAUCGAGUGGGAUCCAUACCAUUUAUGUAGGACACACCAUCCACUUCAUGAGGUUGCAUAUUAUACUGGAUGUUUGAAAUGCUUUGAUAUUGUUGAACCCUAUCACCCCAAUAGGGUAUUGCGACAGUUUGGUAGGGUCCAAACCAUCCCACCAGAACCAUUAUCUCCUGUUCGAGCUACACGAGGCAGUAAACCAAGACAGUAUAGAAUCAUGUAUCAAUACCAUGACACGAUAUGGGCGCAAUGGAAGAAUCAUGUGUUGUCCAUUAAUGCUCACAGUGUGCCUGUACAGCAGUGGCCAUCUGAAUGUGUACGGAGAUACCGUGAGUGGUAUGCUCGUGUUUCGCAUCGGGUUGUUCAAAAUCCUACACAUCACUCUCAGUUUGAUCCACGUGUUCAACGUCCUGAGAAUGAUGUUACUAUGGAUCCUGAGUGGUGUAAUGAUGCUACUUUCAAUGUUGGUGCUGCAAUCCAUAGGCUCGGUCGUGAUGAGUGUGUCUUGCACCCUGACAUGCUGUAUGAAACCAUUGGUCGCAUGCUGCAAGUUCUUGAUGGACAAAGUUUGGGAUCUACUUUGACACAUACAGAGCCUCAAGUCUACUAUUGUAAACGUCGUAGGAUGGACCGUACAUGA